AUUUGAAUCUAGUAGUCUGUAGAGAGAGGCGGAUAUGAAGAAGUCUCACCGCACUAAUGUCCUGGUGAUGUCCUGUCUGAAGACGCCGGUGGAUCCGCACACUAAAGUCCCGUUAGCUCAGUAUGAGAGGGAGCGAUCGCUGCCCGCGCUCACGGACAACAGGCACUAUGAGAAAGAGAUGGAGUACGACUCUGGAUCUGAGCUGGUGACUGAUGACCCUCCUGCUAAAGAUAGCAAUGCACUGCUGAUCAAAGACUACCACGUGACGGGCGAUCACAUCGAUCUCAGGGAGUUCUACUUCUCAAACCAAGAGUACUACCGUAAACUAGAGCAGCUGAAGAAGGCUCAUCUCCAAACAAUGGCCGAACUCGAACUCAUGUAUCGCAAGAAACUGGACCUCAAGGGGGUGAGCGCUGCGGACAACACUGAUCGGACCAAUCUUUCCCCACAAGGAAGGAGUCCAGUGAUAACCAGCAAUCUGAAAAAAGCCCGGUCUGCUCUGGAGCUGCGGCGAACUUCAGAUCUUUCUGACCUGUCUGAUGAAGAGUUCAAUGCUGACAAUGGCAACACCGAGAAAGGCCUUCAAAUCUCGCCCAAAGAGCACAUCAAGAACAUGUGGCAGGACUUCAGCGUGCAUAAGCUUUCUCCACCUCAAUGGCACCCGCUUUCAUCCUCACUGCAGAGCUUGCCUACUGACUGCCAGGCUGCUAGCAAACUCAAGGGUAGGACCAAGGGUCCACGGCUAAAAAAACACAAGCAAAUGGUAGACGAGGGUUGGCAUCCGAGAGUAACAGUUCCCAAGCCUUUCCAGAUGACCCUUCGUGAGGCAGAACGCCGAAAGAAGGGCAUAAAAUCACGUUCGGCGAUGGAACAAGAGAACGCAGAUCUCCGACGCCAGGUGGAGGAGCUCACCGAGUGCCAGAGGAAGUUCCGCGCCAGUCCAGUGCCUGCGCAUGUGCGCCUCCCGCUGUACGAGGAGCUGCAGGAGCGCGAUGAGGAGCGCCGGCGGCUUCAACGUCUCCACACCUCACAAAGACCCUUCAGCUUCCUGGAGCGUGAACGGCUGAAGAGAGAGCAGAAGGAGGCCAAGCUCCGUGAGGAAAUGCUCAAACACGACCUAGAAGAAGAGGAGAGGAGGAAAUGCCCCUUCAAGGCCAAACCCGUCCCACGGGCGGUGAAGGAGGCCGCGUCGGGCGAGCAGCAGAAGGAAGAGGAGCUCUACAGGGCCAUCAAGAUGCAGAUGCGGGCGAGAGAGUUACUUCACUGCGCGUCAAUGCCUCCUAGCAUGCUUGCGCGGCAGCUUAGCGAGAAACAGGUGCACAAAGCCGCCCAGGAUGAAGAGCAGACACACAGACCCAAGAUCAACGCCGAAGUUCCAGACUUCGACGGCAGCUACAGGAGGUUUCGGAAGCAGCUGGCGAAGCGCAAAGAAGUGCGGCCCGUGACAGCGUGCGAACCCUUCCAGCUGCGCACGGCUAAUAUCACCUUGCACAAAGAGCGCAUCAUGGCGGAUAUCGAGGCAGAGAUAAAGAGCCCAAGACUGUCACGCUGGCCGUUCAUGACCCCACCUGCUCUCUCUCCCAGAACGCCCUCGUCAUCCCUUUGCUCCUCUCUGUCUGGAAGCCAGGAAUGCUUGUCUGCUAAAAUCACAGAUGCAGCCAAGAAACGGCAAGAAGCUGUGAGAAAAGUUCUUGAGCAGAGAAAGCGGGCAGAAGAAGAGGAGGAGAAAUGGAAGGAGAAGCAAAAACAGAGAGAGAAGACACUACAAAAAGUGAUCACAAAGCGAGCCCAGGCGAACGACCCGCACGUGACCCUGACCCAGACACGGCCGUCCAAACUAAAAGAGUUCAGGAAACAAGAUCUUCAGAGACAAAGAGAGUACCGGGAGGAGAUAAGAGAAAUCCAGGAAAGAGUGAAGGGAAGACCUCUGUUACUGGAACAGGUAGCACAGAUGAAUGCUAAGAGAGCAGCAGAAAAGUUCUACUCUGACACUUUGCAUGGAUGUGGUCUGAGUGAAUCCUUUAUCAGCAGUAAAGCUCCUAAAGGUUUGAAACACAGACAGACUCCAAGCCCCGCCCGCUCCGGCAGCCAAACUCCACCCACAUACAGUAAAAACAGGAAUGAAGAUAAUGAGGAACUUCCAGAUCUGCAGGAUGCCCUUCUCGAUGACUAUGCAGAUGAUUAUGAGGAGUAUGACAAUGACAUGGAGGCAGAACACAUGGACAGAGAUGAGGACGACAGACACAGUGAAUGUCAUGACACUGAUGAGGAAAAGGGCAACGAUGAAGGACACUCAUAUCAUGACAAGCUGGAUUUUGAUGAUGAUGAUGAACAGGAUGAGCGUUAUAAAGAUGAUGACAUUAUCAGUAAGCACAGCCAGAGCAGCAGGGGUAGUGAAAGUAAAAACAGUCACCAUAGCGACAGGAGCAGAACAGGUAGUUUUAAUUAGGUGACAAAGUGACAAAGAAAAACAGGAAGAUGAGAAAAGUGAUCGUUAGCUUUAUUCUGCAUAUUUAAUUUGUUUUUAAACCAAGCAAACCUCAGUAGGAAAUUGUUGUUGGAUUUAUGUGUGAGAUAGAAAAUCUCACAAACCUUGAUAGUUCACCCAAAAAUGAAAAUUCUGCCAUCAUUUAUUGCUGAAAACAGAAGAAGAUAUUUUGAAGAAUGUAGAUAACCAAACAGUUUCUGGUCCCACAUUCUUCAAAAUAUCUUCUGUGUUCCACAGAAGAAAGAAACUCGUACAGGUUUGGAACAACUUGAGGGUAAAUAAAUAAUUUUUUAUUUUUGGGUGACUUAUACUGAUAAAUACUGAUGAGAUGUAAUACUGAAAAGCAGGACAAAACAGUAAAAAGCACAUUUUGGCUAUUUAAUUUAUGCAAAUGUUAAAAAAAAAAAAAAAAAAAAAGGCAAAAUAGGCCUACACGGUGGGAAAAAUGCACAAAAAAAACCGUGUUCGGUAUUCGGCCCAGUGUUUCAUUUUGUUCGGCUUCGGCUUGAGGGUAAAUAAAUAAUUUUUCAUUUUUGGGUGACCUAUCCCUUUAAGAACAUGUCCAGAUCACAUUUCACCAUAAAAAAAUAAAUGAAUAAAUAAUACAGAGCACUGAGAAUCACAUAAUAACUCAAUACAAAUAAAGGGGGAAAUAGAUAAAUAAUAAAAAUGAAAAAAUGAUAUAAAGUAUGUAUUAUUCUCAAAGCAAUGGGAAUUGUGAGGGGAAAUGUGCUGAAUUAUCAAAAUAAAUAAAAAACGAUGAUGCAAUGCAAAUGAUCAUAAUAAGCCUAAAAUUUUCUUUAAGCAAAGUAUAAUUUCCUUUUUUUUUUUUUUUUUUUUUUUAAUUUGAGGCAAAAUGUGGCCUGGACAAGUUUACAUGGCAUUCACUCAAUAUACAGUAACGAAUGUAGUAUAUAUAUAUAUAUAUAUGUGGAAAUACAUGCCUGUCCACUAUCAUAUAUAUUUAACAAAAGGGCCCAAAACGCAAUAUUAUUUAAUAUUUUACAAAUUAAAUGAGUGCGUUUGUAUAUGCAAC